AACUUGGGCUUGUCAUAUGAAAGUCAGUGACCUCACAGGAGCCUUUUGAAAGCAACUCUAAAGAACCAGCAGUCAGGGUAAUCUCCUGCAUGCGUAGCCGUCAAACCACGCUGCCGGAGCGGGUUUGUCUGCAGCCAUGCACCGUCUGAGAGCGCUGCGUCUCUCCACCUCCAUACGACUGAUCGUCAGACACUCAGAGGCGGAGAAGAAGGUUUCAAUCAUCCAGCCAGCAUGUUGUCUGACCACGAAAUCAACCACCACGUCCCAGAGACCAUCGCCUACACACUUGGAUCGUUUCCAUCUCAGCACGAAUGUUCAUUCAAAGUCCCCCAGCUCGGGAGUGGAGGACCUGCUUUUCUACACCAUCACAGAGGGAAAAGAACAAGUCCCUAUUUCAUACUUCACCUCAGCCCUGAAGAAAACCGGCCUUCACCCGUCAGACCCUCGUCUGAAGGACUGCAUGGAGGAGAUUCGACAGGCUUUGAAGGAAUCUGUAGGUGAGGUGAUGAUGGACAGAGACCUUUUCCACAGAUGUGUCGGUGGAAACAUCGUCCUGCUGAUCCAGGCCUUCAGAAAGAAAUUUAUCAUCCCCGAGUUUGACGUGUUUGCACAAAAAAUAAAUGAAAUCUACAGCACAGUUCAAAACCAGAUUGAUGGGAAGGUGGCAGACUACAUCCCCCAACUCGCUAAGUUUAGUCCAGAUCUGUGGGGUGUGUCUUUGUGUACAGUGGACGGCCAGAGGCACUCAGUAGGCGACACCAAGCUGCCGUUCUGCCUGCAGUCCUGUGUGAAGCCCCUGCAGUACGCCAUCGCCGUCCAUGAGGCGGGGACAGAGAGGGUCCACCGCUACGUCGGCAUGGAGCCCAGCGGAUUCAAGUUCAACAUGCUCUCCCUUGAUGAUGAAGAUAAGCCCCACAACCCCAUGGUGAACGCUGGAGCCAUAGUGAUCAGCUCUCUUAUCGAGCCUCGUUCAAAUAAGGCAGAGAAGUUUGACUAUGUGAUGGACUUUGUGAAAAAGAUGGCAGGCCAAGAGUAUGUGGGAUUCAGCAAUGCAAUGUUCCAGUCAGAAAAAGAAACGGGCGACAGAAAUUUUGCCAUCGGAUACUACAUGAAAGAGAAGAGGUGUUUUCCUCCGGGAGCAGAUAUGAUCGAUUCCCUGGACUUCUACUUCCAGCUUUGCUCCAUCGAGGUGACCUGUGAAUCAGGAAGCGUCAUGGCUGCCACUCUGGCCAACGGAGGGAUCUGUCCAAUCACAGGCGAGCGUGUGCUGAGUGCCGAGGCGGUGCGAAACACUCUGAGUCUCAUGCACUCAUGUGGCAUGUAUGACUUCUCUGGCCAGAUGGCUUUUCAUGUGGGUUUACCGGCCAAAUCCGGGGUGUCCGGUGCCAUACUGCUGGUGAUCCCCAACGUCAUGGGAGUGAUGUGUUGGUCUCCUCCGCUGGACAGAGUUGGAAACAGCGUCCGGGGAAUUCACUUCUGUCAGGAGCUCGUUUCGCUCUUCAAUUUCCACAAUUAUGACAACCUGAGGCACUUUGUAAAGAAGCAGGAUCCUCGCAGACCGGAAGGAGAUGACAGGAACAAGUCUGUUUUUAAUUUGAUGUUCGCCGCCUACAGUGGGGACGUGUCUGCCCUGAGAAGGUUUGCUCUCUCAUCCAUGGACAUGGACCUGAAAGACUAUGAUUCUCGAACAGCGCUACAUAUCUCUGCAGCAGAGGGUCAUAUAGAUGUGGUGAAGUUCCUUACGGAAAUCUGCAAAGUCGAUCCAUUUGUAGAAGACAGGUGGGGGAACCUACCAAGCGAUGACGCCAUGCAGUUCGGACAUGAAGAGGUGGUGAAGGUGCUGAGAGACUACCAGCAGGUCUGCAUGCAACAGGAAGUGCAGCACACUGAGGCUAAGCAUUCCCCGAAGCUGGACACCAUCGACGGCAUGGUGUGAUGUGUUCCCAAAAACUGUAACAUGUCAGGGCGUUUGUGCAAUAUGUCAAAUUUUGAAAUGUGUCGGUCCACUUGUAGCACACAAAAUGAGUUCUUAAAAAAAGACCAGAAUAUGACUAUAACAGAAAUGAAGACUAUGCAAACUGCUGUGAAGGAAAAAGACGAGUGACUGAAAAAGAAAACAAUAAGCAGAGAAGAAAGAGCACAACAAGCCAAUACAAUACAACCUUUUGUGGGUUUGUGUAAACAUAACUAUGCUACAAACAGACUGAGCCUUAUUUAAAAUCAUUAAUGCUGGAAUACACCAUCAACCUGAACACAAUGUUUGUUGGUUCAUACGUAGCAGAGGGUCUCAGCAUUGUUGAACAGGGAUUUUGUGGAUAUUUAUACUUGCAAUGCUUCACAUUACUUACAACGGUACAUUUUUACAGUUUUUUCAUUUGUACUAUUCUAUUGUGCCUUGUUGAAAUAUUUGAAGAUGUAAAAAUUCAACUUGUACGUUUUGUAAAAAGGAGACAAGGGAAGGAAUUGUACAUGAUCCAAAUAAAUAAUGUAUGAUAAAUUGUUUAUAUUAUUUCUCGUCAGCUGUAAAUAAGUGCACUGG